UGGAAACGAAAAACAGGAACUAACUUUCCGCUGUGAGCGAUGGAGGAAAAGACUGCGAGUGAAAACCCUCAAAAAACAUUUACGUGCCAGUUGUGCGGUUUAACCAGCCCUUUUACUUACUACGGACAGAAACCGCCUAACACCAGAGCGAUUGUGUUGCUUGAGGAGUGUUUUGUCACCAAGGACCCCUUCAGCCCGGACAGGGACAAGUUUCUAGUGUUGGGGUCCAUUUGCAGCCUUUGUGGCACGUGUGUGUGUGUUGGAUCGGACUGCAGCCUCUUCUACACCAGGAGGUUCUGCACGCAGUGUGUGAACAAACACUUGGACCAGUUCCCCCAUCAGAUUCAGGCCGAGCUGGCAAAGAAGAAGCAGAGCGCCAAGGCCGCGGUGCCGUGAUGCCGAGCAAGAGGUCCGCGGUGUCUUAAAAGUUGCAACACUGGUGUAAACUGUAAUCGGUUUGAUGGGAAAUUUACACCACCGAUGAGGAAAACAGUGGUUUACGCUCGUAGACUGAAUCAGACUGAUGCAUUUUCCUGCUGGAUGUUAUUUAUUUAUCUUAAAAAGAAGCAAGCAGCAGGGGUGACUUAUUAAAUAUAAUACUUUUGGAAUGUGGCCUUUGCACGGUGGAACUGCUUAAAGCGGCAUUCUUUCUCUAUCACCAAGGCCCCAAAUGGUAUUAAAGUUAUUGCAAAUAUUUGAAUCAGAUGAUGGUCUUUUCAGCAGGUUGAUUGUUCAGCAGCUAUUCUGGGAGACAAUUUGAACUAUAUACGUGUGACUUAAAAAACAAGUAUAGUGACUAUGUAACUAAUGUUUGUUUUAGUGGCCGACUGCGGCACAGUUGCAUCAUCCUUCUUAGUUACAUUUAGCUGCAUUAAGCAUUUACUCCCAUUCUGGCAUUUUCAGGAUACACAGGAUUGAAGCAGCAUGUGCUUGGGGAUUAUUUCCUUCUGGAUAAAUGUCAGCAGUGUCAGUAAAGCACCAUUAAAAUAAAAACAUCCACAUCUUCA